AUGUCACAGGACGAUGAAAACGACGGAAAAUUAUCAUUUGAAACAACGUCACGGGAUUCGUAUAAGUGGAAUGCAGGAGCUGGAGAAAGGUUCAUGAUGAUUCAUCCUGGGGACCAAAUCGAUAUGAAUACUGAUCCAAUGGACGCGAGAACCACUAGCAGAGAGUCGUAUAGAGAAGGAACAGGUGACACUCUCCCAAUAUAUCAUCCGAGUGAUCACUUUGGCGGAGACUCUGAUCCUUUAGACUUGAACACAGUCAACAGGUACAAGACUACUCCGGAUGGUGGCGCGACAACGAUGCCAUUACCCGUGCCACCGCCACCGCCUCCACCAAUGGGUGGUUUUCCCACACCUCCUCCACCACCACCAGCACCACAAGCCGACCUGUCUCGUAUAUUAUCUGCUCCAGCUCCUCCGCCACCUCCACCUCCUCCAUCCCAAUGA